AUGUCUAAGGCCAUUUCAUCAAGGCUGCUAGGGAGCCAGGUUUGGUCACAGCGCCCGGCGCCUCCUGGAGCUAGUGUCUUCCAAAUGCUGCCCUUUCAGCGGCUUAACCAACAAACGCAGUCAAUGUCGAUAUGUCGAAAAGCAAUGAUAUCGAGUCAUAGGCGCCAAAUCCGGACAGAAACCAUUCAGCGCUGUUCGCAAUCGCACUUGACGAGACGCAACCUUGAUUGGACAAUACCGAAUCGAUACUUACUGUCGACCUUGCGACACCAAGCACGGCCGCUUACUAGUCCCCGUAACAGGCUGGUGCAUACUUCAAUAGGACUCCUACAGUAUCAGCAGCGUAGCUAUUCUAAUGUGCGAAAACAGACCCAAGAACAUCAAUCUUCAAGGAAACCUUACGACGGCCCAGAAGGAACCCAAACUCCACCGAACCAAAGACAACAGACAGCACCAGAACAGCCGACCAGUGAAGCCGAUGUCGAAUCAAUAGCGUCCUCGGUCUCCAAGUAUCUUCAUCUGCCGAAAUUGCCACAUAGACCAACAAAAGAAGAGCUCCUUGCUGCCGCGAAUGGAUUCUGGGAAAGGCUCAAAGUUCGUUUCAAAUGGAUGUCCAUCAGGAGCAUGCGCCCAUGGAACGCCGAUGAAUGGGGUGCCUUUGUGUCAUGGUUCAUGUUGGGACAUAUUGUCUGGGUUCUGGUUGGGACGACAACUUUCUUCUCUCUUCUUAUCUUCUCCAUCAACACAGUGUUUGCACAAGAAACUCUUGCAAAGUGGGUUGGCGAUUAUUUGACGCAAUCUGCUGGCGUUACAGUGGUAUUCGAGUCAGCCAUUGUUCCGAAAUGGAAAAACGGAGUGAUUGCAUUUCGCAACGUGUUUGUUUCUCGUCGCCCUGGACAGGCCAAGUCCUCGGUAAGCAAGGGCUCGUCAGAUGCAGCCGCGGUGGCAGCUGCCGGACGCCAGGCUCAACUUGCUGAAUCUUCUGACCCGGAAGAUGACGGCAAUUAUACACAAUUCGAUGUAACCAUUGCCAAUGUCAACGUCACCUUGUCGUUCCUCAAUUGGUGGAACGGCAAGGGUUUAUUGAAAGACGUUGAGGUGAAUGGAGUUAGGGGAGUUGUAGAUCGCACUUCAGUGCAAUGGCCGGUUGAGGAAAUAGAUCCGCUAUCAUACAGGCACGAACACCAACCGGGAGAUUUUGAAAUAGAGUCCUUCAAACUGGAGGACCUCUUGUUGACGAUUCACCAACCUGACGAUUUUCGGCCAUUUUCUGUCAGCAUAUAUUCCUGCGAGCUUCCCCGGUUGCGAAAGCAAUGGCUGUUCUACGACUUCUUAUCCGCCAAUCACAUGUCUGGAUCAUUUGAUGGAUCGCUUUUUACGAUACACCCACGACAAGUUCAUGGCAUCGUCUCUCGCCAAGAUCAAGGUGCCAUGCUGGGCUUGGGAGAAGAAAACGCCUGGAAGAAAUUCAGCAGGCUUCGCAUUGAUGGACUGAGGAUUGAUCAUUUAAAUCGAGGGGUAGAAGGCCCUUUUGGCUGGAUUUACGAGGGAAAUGUCGACAUUGUUGCUGAUGUAAUGCUGCCUGCCGAGACAGACGAAGGAAUCACCAAAGUCAUGACUGAUUUUUAUGACCAGUUGGAGGAAGUGGUCAUCUUGAACAAGCAGCGUUUACUACCAAACUCUACCGACAACAGUCCCGUCCUGGUCCAGUCCGGCCAUCUAUCAGAAGCAGGACAUGUCGAUGCUCCUGAAAUUAGCGAUGAUGGCGAAGGAGGCGAGGAAGAUCGCCGUUAUCUUAUCAUGGACAUGCGAAUUCACAUGAAUGACGUGAAGGCUGCUGUACCUCUCUUCACAAGAGAUAUAUCCUAUGUCAACCAGGCGCUUGUGCGGCCAAUCGUGGCAUACAUCAACGCCAAGAAGACUUAUAUCCCAAUAUCUUGCCGCAUUGUCAAGCGUCUCAGUGAUUUCGACGGAAGUUGGAGCGUCUUUGACUGCGGCUUAAUGAAUGAUGCAUCAGUCGAAACGUACGAUGCCUUUGCCAAGGACGUCGAAGAUCAACAGAGCCGCGUACGUCGGUUCAAGAAGGUUGGCUUCUGGACAUUAUCUCUAGCUGUUCACGCUCUAUUCAUGGGCAUGGCAGGUAAUGUGGUUUGA